AUGGAUUCAAUCGAAAAAUAUGGAUAUGAACUUAAUUGCUUAUUAAAACAAGUAAGAGAAUUUAGAAGAAGUGAUAUAAAAGGUCAAAUGAUUGCAAUAAGGACAGAUAGCAAUGGUAAAAAAUACACAGAAGUAUUAGCAGAAGGGAUUUUUAAAGCAGAUAGCGAUGUUGAAUCAAGUGAUGAUUCAUAUGAUAUCAUUGAAGAUGUAAAAUCAGAUAAAAUUAAAUCAGGAAACGCGCUUAAUAUUAAUGAUAUAAUUGGCAAUAGGAAUCCAAAUAUUAAUGGAGAAACGAUUAAUAGCCAUUCAAAUAUUAAUCAAAACAUUAAUGAAAGAAAUUCAAAUAUUGAUGGGGAAACGAUUAAUAACCAUUCAAAUAUUAAUCAAAACAUUAAUGAAAGAAAUUCAAAUAUUAAUGAUGAAAUUACUGACGGUCAUCAAAAUAUUAAUGGACGCAUAUUGAAACCAAAAUCAAAUAAUAAUAAAUCUCGGCAAGCAAUCCUCAAAUUACCUCCUAAUUUUAUACAAGUAAAUAGAGUAAACAUCCAAGUUCCUCCAGCGCCAGCUCUUCCUCAACAGAUACAACAACAAUCUCUUCCAGCUCAGACUCUUCCUCAAUAG